AUGGCAGGUAUGGACAUUGUGAAUGACGGCAAAGGUGAUUUCAUAGUUCCAACCAAGACGGGUGAUGAUGGAAUCGGUUCCAGUUCGCGUUCGGGUGGUUCCAUCUCCAUGAAUUCGUUUGAUGAAGAUGAGGAGGUCCUCCUUUCGACGAGUCAACGAAGCGGUGGCAUCUUUCGCAGCAGCAAUCACUCCAUCAGCAGAAGCAAACGGAGUAAUCGGUCGACUAGCAUCACGAAUCAGACGGGAAACAAAAUGAGAGAUUCCUUUCAUUCUAUGAAAGUCAUGCUCACACCCAAAAAGAAGCGCCCCGCAAAGACGCAUGUGAUUGUAUUGGACGAUGAUGCCUCCAUGAAUUCUUCCUUAAACUCGUCCGACGACGACGCCGACGACGAUGAGGACGACGAAGAAGGUGAUAAUGACAAAGAUGAAUUUGCAAACGAUGAUGACGGAAUGAUGAUGAUGAUGAUGAGUGAUCAUGGACCGCAACCAUUUAGCAACAUAUUUGGCCGACGAGGAUCCUUGGACCCAGCUUCAUUGGCACAACCACCACAGCAACCAGACUUUGGCUGUAUGCAAUUUGAAGCCGCCUUGGAAAUGUCCAUACGAUCCAACGACUAUUAUAAUGAAUCCUUUUCCAAUCAAUCAGGCCUUACGACGGAAACGAAUUCCCAAACGACGAAUACUACCGCCAAUACACUCUCUCAAACACCUAGUAUAUUAUUGGAAGCGGCCCUAGGACAAAUUGAAGGUACUUCCAUCAUUCAGAGCAAAUCUGAGGAAUCGAAAUCGAUAUCCAUGCAUUCCGAACCAAAUCACCGAUGGUCUGCGGAUGGUCAAGACGAAGACGGAAUUAAGUCAGUGCAAACAUCACGUAGACGACCAAGGCCGGGAGCCAAAAAGAAAAAGUCCUCCAGGAACAUUAAUGGGAGCACGCACACGAGCAGUUCGUCGAGAAAGUCCAAACCCAAGAAAUCCCUUUCGGCGGCAGCGGCAUCAUCAUCAUCAUCUGCUGCUGCUGGUGCUGCUGCUACCAAAAGUAGCAAGUCCACCAAUGGCAAACCAAAGAAAUCAGUCUCCAAUGCGUCAGUCAGCACCAAAAAGAGCAAAAGUAGCUUGUCCUUCAAGGCACCCAAGAAAUCGAAUUCGGCUCCUUUGCAAAAGGUGGAUGGUGAUGAUCAUGACAAUCGCGAAAAGGCAGCACCAGCACCAGCCCCAGUAGUGAAGAUGAAAAAGGCAAAAUCCAAAAAAAAGCUCAUUGUGGAAGUAGGUGAUGGUGAUAACGCAUCCACCAAGACCAAAAAGAAGAAAAAGAAAAAGAAAUUGGAGGGUACUAGUACCACGAAUGAUGAUGAUAAUGAUGAUGAUGAUGCCACAUCCAAGGCAUCGACGAAAAAGAAAAAGCGAGCCACCAGUAAGAUGGAUAAAAAGGACAAGAAGUCUAAAAGCAAAAGGUCAUUGGUCAAACAAGGAGACAAAGAAGAGGAAACGACCGAACCAACAGUAAAGGAGGAAGGCGGGGGUGAUUAA